AUGGGCCGCCCCUCCGCCGUCGCCACGGCGCUGCUGUGCCAGCUGGGGCUCUCCGCAGCCAUCCAGUGGCUCGGGCUGGCGGGCAGCGGGGUGUCCUGGAACGAGAGCCAGCACUGCCGGCUGCUGGGGCCGGAGCUGCUGCAGCUGUGCCGCCGGCACCUGGAGGUGAUGCCCGGCAUCGUGCGGGCUGCCCGGCGCACCCAGGCGCUGUGCCAGCAGAGCUUCGCCGACAUGCGCUGGAACUGCUCCUCCAUCCAGCGCGCCCCCAGCUUCGGCCCCGAGCUGCUCACAGGAACGCGCGAAGCCGCCUUCGUGCACGCCCUGGCAGCGGCGGCCGCGGCGCAGGGCAUCGCCCGCUCCUGCGCCUCCGGAGAGCUGCCGCUCUGCUCCUGCGGGCCCGCGCCCCCCGAGCCCCCCGCGCCCGCCUCCCGCUGGGGCGGCUGCGGCGACAACCUGAGCCACGGGCUGCGGCUCGGGGCCGCCUUCACAGACGGCUCGGCCAGAGCCGGCAGCGGCGGCACGCCCGGGCUGCGCGCCGUGAACCGGCACAACGGAGCCGUGGGGCGGGCGGUGCUCAGUGACUCCCUGGAUACCAGGUGUAAAUGCCACGGGGUUUCAGGCUCCUGCUCCGUGAAGACCUGCUGGAAAGGGCUGCCAGACCUGGGUGAAAUCGCCUCUGACCUCAAAUCCAGGUACCUGGCAGCCCUCAAGGUGAGCCAUCGGCUCGUGGGGCCCAGGAAGCAGCUGAUCCCCAAGGAAGGGGAUGCCAGGCCAGUGACAGAGAUGGAUCUGGUUUACCUCAUCAACUCUCCUGACUACUGCACCCCAAACCCCCAGCUGGGCUCUCUGGGGACACAGGACAGGCCGUGCAACAGGAGCUCUGUGGGCAGUGACAGCUGCGACCUGCUGUGCUGUGGCCGGGGCUACAACACCUACACGGAGGAGGUGCAGGAGCGCUGCCACUGCCGCUACCGCUGGUGCUGCUCCGUGGUGUGCAGGCGCUGCCGGCGCAGCCUGCAGAGACACGUCUGCAAGUGAGGAGAGAGCCCUGCUGGCACCCGCCCGGCACGGCUGGGCGCCAGGAGCCCACCCCGAGGGAUGCCCCCAGCAAGGAGGAGGCUGUGCAGGAAGCCUGGUCUCUCACGGAAAGCCUCAGACUGAGAGAUUUUUGGGAAGCCUUCGGUUCCUUCCAAGCCAGACCUCGGGGCAGGACAAAGAGCUGCCCUCCUGCAGCUGGGCCAGCCCUUUGUCCCCAGCUGGGAAAAGCCAUUGAUCAUCCCACAGACCCCUUUCUCCGGGAGAACGGGGACCCUGGGAUGCCAUUGUCCCUUUGCAGGAGGGUUCUGACAGCUGCCUGAAAGCCAGGAGUGAUGGAUGGGAGGGGGAUAGAUGGAUGGGACUGGGAGAGGGCUGCAGGGAUGGAACGCUGCUGCUUGGGGUGAGGGGGUCAUGGGCAGCUCCUUUGGGAGCAGGAUUCUGCUGUGGGCUCAUCCAGGGUGCUCCUCCUCAGGGGAGAACACUGCUCCAGGGCCCUUUGCAGCACCCCAGUGGAGAUAUUUGCAGAGAUGGGGCUGCUCUUGUUGAAGGCAGAGACACCAGGGCAGGAGAGCUCCUGGGGGCUGCCAAAACUGGGCAGCCUGGCAAACCCACCCCUGACUGUGUGUGAGCAACCCAGCCAUGGCAUCACUGUAGCUUCUGCCCCCAUGUCAGAGGUGGGAGCACACCCAAUACAUUAAAUUCUCGUGGCCUGUCCUUCCUGCCCCUCCUUCUGGUCCACUGAGGUCUUCAGCCCACUCUUUCCACCCUUAGGAUACCCUUUGGAAUUCUGGAGAGGGGACACAACUCCAGGGCCUUGGGGAAGCAAGAAAUAACCUUUAUUUUCUGUACUUCCUGUAAGUGGGAUUCUGGUAUUGUUUUUAAAUAAA